UACGGUGUUAAUACCAGCGGCCGCUUAAGGCAGGAGGAGCAGUAAAAAGAUCGAGGGAAAAUAUCCGCGUUUUCCCCUCUCUAGUCUCUUUGCUUUCCUCGCUUGAUUAAUUUGUCCAGGAAAUUUUUUGUUCUCCCCACCAGCGAUUAGUCUGGUGUUUCCUGGCAUCACUCCCCACUAAGCCCGCGCUGGUUCUCUCGUCGUUUCCUUCCCGAAAUUCGCCGCCCCCCUCGAUAUUUAUUUCUUGCCAAGGAUACCACCAUUUCCCAGCCUUUUUUCGUUGCUUUUUUCUUGCCUGGCCGUGUUAAUAUCCGCCAGCGCCCCGCCCUGUGCCCCGGAUAUUUGUUCUUUGCUGUCUUGGGGCGUGCGUUUCGAUCUUCCGAGGACUCCCGGAUCUUUCGCUUACCGCCGUCAAUCGCUGCCGGCGGCGGCGGCGGCUCAAGAUAGUUUGUGAAUAGGGUGGUGGUUAGGGUUCUGGGAGUUGUUUUUCCGUCAUAGAUGAUGAAAUCGGGGGAAGAAGUUAACUUGGACCGUUCUUUGGAGGAGAAGGCUGCGGGGGAACCAGGAGAUGAGGGGAAGAUACAGCGGAGCCCUUCUAUCAAUCUCAAUUCGUUGCCACCAAUGGCUGCCGGCACAACAGAGGUUGGAGUCCUGCAAAGUACAGUGGAGUCAGGAGGCAAUGAUGCAAGCAAGGUGAAUGGAGAUGGGUUCAGUGGUGUUGAUCAGAAGUUGGUCCCAAAGAAUGAAAAGGUUGAUGAAGGUGAAGUUCAGGGCUGUGCGGAUGUAAGGAACAACUUACUGGAACCUUUGAAUAGCGAGAACCGUAUUGAGGAGAAGGAUGCUUCGGUAAAUGCGCUGCAUAACGAAGGGCGUGCUGAUGGUGGCGGUGAUCAUAAGCGAGUUCAAGUUCUCAGUGUUGUCAAGAAGGAUGAGUCUGAGGAGGAGAUUGGUAAUUCUAUUAAUCCUGUAACAGUUGCGGGGUAUAGAGAGGAGAAGGGUGCGGUUGGUUCUACUUCUGGAAUUACUGCGGUGAGACCUGCUGCCUCCCGGUCAUCUUGUUUCCAUGGUGUGACCAGGCAUAGGUGGAGUGGGAAAUAUGAAGCUCAUUUGUGGGACAGUUCUUGCAGAGUUGAAGGACGGAGAAGAAAAGGAAAGCAAGUUUAUUUAGGAAGCUAUGAUACCGAGCUAAAAGCUGCCAGAGCAUAUGAUGUUGCCGCUCUAAAGUACUGGGGCCUAAAUACAAAGCUAAACUUUUCGAUUUCAGAAUACGAAAAGGAACUGGAGGAAACAAAGGACAUGUCUCCAGAGGAAUGCGUGACAUACUUGAGAAGGAGGAGUAGCUGCUUCUCAAGAGGGGCUUCUGUGUAUAGAGGAGUUACAAGAAGGCAGAAAGAUGGGAGAUGGCAAGCACGCAUAGGACUGAUUGCUGGAACUAGAGACAUUUACCUUGGAACAUUCAAAACUGAGGAGGAAGCUGCAGAAGCCUAUGAUAUUGCUGCCAUUGAGAUACGUGGCAAAAAUGCAGUGACCAACUUCGACCGAAACAACUACAUCGACAAGGGCAUGCAUUGUAUAGAAGGGGCGGGCUUGAAGCUGCUGGCAACAAAACCAGAAUAGAACUUCAUUUUGUUUCGGUGGCAUCUUAUAUGGAGCAGAUUUGGUCAAGCCAUAUUUGGAAUUAGUGGUACAUACAGAUAGGAGAAAUGGUUGCAGCCUGUCACUAUUUGCUGCUUUACAAUUCUUCAAAUUAUAGUUUUUAAGAGAGAAAUUUGAUUUAUUAGUAAACUUUGUUUUGAGAAAAAGAUUUUGAGCAUUUGUUACUGCUAUAUGAGUCCGUAAUCUAGAGUUCCGCUGGAAAAUGUUGCCAGCCCAAUUUUCAUGUAUCUAUAGGGUCCGUAAUCUGGAGUUCUGCUGGAAAAUGUUCUACUGGAAUGCCAACUCAAUUUUCAUGCUCCGCUCAA